CAGCAGCAGCAGGUCCCUUGCGUGUGUGUGUGUGUCUGUGUCUGUGUGUACGUACGUGCGUUUGUGUUUGUUUAGUUUCGCGGAUGCGCUUCAAUGAGGGAAGGAAAAACAAGACACACACACACAGAGAGAGAGGAGAAAAACCUUUUUUCUCUCCCCCCUUCUGGCCUCAAAAAAGAAAGAAGAAGAAGAAGGCAGUUGGUUACAUUUGGUCGAUGAGCGCUAACGAAACGUCCGGCCCACCCAUCUCAAGAGUUGACGUCCAUUCAGUGUCGUUGGCAGACGUCAAAAAAGUGCAUCGCGAUAAUUACAGUGAGAAGAAUUUGAAAUUUUUUCCGGAUUUGGAUGUGUCCACCGAAAAGGAUCGUCGCAAUUCAAGAAAAGAGAAGAAAAGGAAGUUGGUCGCUCGAUGAUCAGCAGCUUAGCGCCCGGACGUCAAAACGGCAGCCAAGGCCCAUCCAGCGCUUCUCUCAGCGAUUCCGGCAUCGUCGCCGUGGAAUCAUGUCCUUGAGCCGCACUGUCGGCCGAGGACGACGAUGAACGGUUCGCUCUACGACGAUAGUCCGGUGGUGGGGUCGGCAGCUGAUCAGCACCGACGAUCAGCGAUUGCGUCAGCAGCUCAACAACAACAGCAACAACAACAACAACAACAGCAGCAGCAGCAACAGCAGCAACAACAGCAACAAGCGUCAGCGUCAGUAGGUCCAGCUUCGUCCACCAACGGAAACGUCCGAGGAGAACAAGACGAUCCUAAUCCGAAUCACCAACUCUCACCGUCUGCCGGUGGUGGCAGUUCGAGCGGCGGAAGUUCCGGUCCGUUGCACAUUCCGGCUAAAAGACUGGCGGUCGGUCAGACAGCGGCCGGUCCCGGAGCCUCAUCCUAUCCGGGACAUCACACCCAUCAUCACGUGACUCAUUCUCAUCACGAUCCAAACAGCGGAGGAGGCGGAGGCAGCGGAGGCGGCGGAGGAGGUGGAAUCAACGGCGACUCGAGCGGAACCAGCAGUCUACUAAGAGCCCAGCCUUGGCCGUACAGCGUUGGUGACGUCCAGGGUCAUUCGGCCGGCUCGUUCGAUCCUCAGUCGUACAGUCCCAGUUCGUUGGUACGCGACGGAAUGGCCGCAGCAGCUGCAGCCGCCUAUUACGGCGCCGAUCGGGCCAAAGCGGCGCUCAGUUUCUGGCCCAGCGACUACGGCAAAUACGGGGCGGCCGCUGCGGCCGCCGCUGCCGGUCAAGGACCUUCAGCCGGUCUGCCCACCUCGGCCGAAGCGGCCGCUGCCAACGCCCAGUUCAACGCCCAAGCCGCUUGGUGCAAUUACGCCGGAUACGGCGGACGCGUUCCCGAACCUCACGGGCAUCCAGGACUCGGUCCGACUCCCGGACAACCUGGAAUGGGCGUACCUGUGUCGGUGGCCGGUUAUCUGGCCGCCGAAGCUCACGAAGCUCGUCGCGGCGCCAUGGACGCCGCUGCCGCUGCCGCCUGCGGCUUCACCCACGACAGUUACGCCGGACUGCGAGGCUACGGACCCGGUCCCGAUGGCAUGCCGCCAAGCGUCUACGGCCCUGGUUCUUUAGGGCCGAAUCCGCUGGAAUGGACGGGCCAAGUGACGGUGCGCAAGAAGCGGAAACCUUACUCGAAAUUCCAGACGCUGGAGCUGGAAAAGGAGUUCCUGUUCAACGCCUACGUUUCCAAGCAGAAACGCUGGGAGCUGGCGCGCAAUCUCAACCUGACGGAGCGUCAAGUCAAGAUCUGGUUCCAGAACCGGCGGAUGAAGAACAAGAAAAACAGCCAGAGGCAACAGGCCGGUGGCAACAGCAGCAACAACAGCGGCGGAGGCAAUUCUAAUGCUAACGCCAAUGCCCAUCACAACAGCAGCCAUCAUCACCAUCAUCAUCAUCACGGCCCGCCCGACGGUCACCACCACCAUCACGCCGGACCCAUCGGGCCCGUCGUCCACAACGGCGUUCACAACAUUUGCUCGGCCAAGUGACGCCAUCCCUCAUCCGCCACAGACAACAACAACCAAUUUCUACUCUUGUG